AAGUGUCAACUGUCUCAAUGGGCAGAUGAGUUUGUUUUCAUCGUUUCUUUUCCUCCUCGAUAAAACCGCUUCUGCCUCGUUUACGUGAUGCCGACGUGGAGCCUUGUGUCCAUCUGUGUUCUGCUCGGUGUGGCGGCGAGAUGGGGAGUCUCGUUAAAUCCGUACUCAGGGGCGGGGAAACCUCCCAUGUUUGGAGACUACGAGGCUCAAAGGCACUGGCAGGAGGUGACCCACAACCUCCCAGUGCAGGAAUGGUACUUCAACACCACAGACAAUGACUUGAACUACUGGGGUCUGGACUAUCCUCCUCUUACUGCCUAUCACAGCUGGAUCUGUGCUUAUAUAGCCAAGAUGAUAAAUCCCGAAUGGGUGGAGCUCCACAAAUCCAGAGGUUAUGAAAGUCCAGCGCACAAGUUAUUCAUGAGAGCAACAGUCCUGGUGGCAGAUUUGUUGAUAUACAUCCCCGCUGUGGUUUUGUACUGUUUCUAUCUGACGGAUGGAUCCUCUAGGAAAAAGGUCUCCACUCUGUUCUGCUUCUUGCUGUAUCCAGGACUCAUUCUCAUUGACUACGGACAUUUCCAGUACAAUGGAGUGAGCCAAGGCUUCGCUCUGUGGGGGGUUCUGGCCCUCGGUCUGGGCUGGGAUGCUUUCGGCUCCAUGGCCUUCUCCCUGGCUCUCAACUACAAACAGAUGGAGCUGUACCACGCUCUGCCCUUCUUCUGCUACCUGCUGGGGAAGUGUGUCAAGUUGGGUCUGAUGGGGAGAGGGCUUAUGUUGUUGGUGAGAAUUGCUGUCACCGUGCUGGUGAGUUUUGCCCUCUGCUGGCUGCCCUUCCUGUCUGACCCCGGCCAGGCCCUACAGGUGGCGAGGAGGAUCUUUCCCGUGGCUCGCGGUCUGUUUGAGGAUAAGGUGGCCAACACGUGGUGCAGCCUGAACACCUUCAUAAAGAUCAGAUCCAUUCUGUCCACAGACUCUCAGCUCUACCUCAGCUUUGCCUGCACCCUCCUGGCGGCCCUGCCCUCCUCCAUCAGACUGCUGACCAGGCCCACCUUCUGGCAGUUUAAACUGGCCUUGGCAAAUUCCUCUUUGGCAUUUUUCCUCUUCUCCUAUCAAGUCCACGAGAAGUCCAUCCUCUUGGCUGCCUUGCCGGUGUGUCUUCUGCUGAACGACCUGCCCCUGGUGGCUAUCUGGUUCCUACAGGCCUCAACAUUCAGCAUGCUGCCUCUGUUCCUGAAGGACGGCCUGCUGGUGCCCUACGUCUCGACCUCGCUGGCCUUCCUCUUCUACAGCAUCUAUCUGCUGUCGGCCCUGGAGCGCUGCUCAGAGGACGAGCUGAGACUGGGCGCCUACCACAGGCUGUUUUUCAUGCUGCCCAAAAUGGACUUGGCCUGCGUAGUGAGAUGGAAGUUCUACAUCUGUGUCGCAGCCAUGGUCGGGUUAAGCGUGGCAAGCGUAGCUGUGACCCCCCCGCCACACCUACCGGACCUGUUUCCUGUGUUGGUGUCCACUUUGGCUUUCCUGCACUUUUUGGGGACAUUUGUAUAUUUCCACGUUGUGCAGUUCAGUGGCCCGCCCACCAGGAAGAGCCAGAAGAAGAUGAGCUGAGUGAUGCCAAACCUCGAGGCUAUGAACUGGUUGUGCUUCAUGUAUAAGCCAGUGUUACAUUCUGGGUUCGAUUUCCUUGAAAGGGCACUAGGGGAUUCCCCUCGUGCUGCCAGGAACCAAAUAGAAAUGGGACAAAGUUCUUAUUCAGGCGUCUCUUUAGCCAGACUCUGACCGUACGUCCUCAGUGUUGUUGGCUGGUAAAUGUACUGCACGACCAAAUGCCAAUUCAGAGAUGCUGGGAUAUUGAAUGAAAGGAAUGGGUGUUGAUAUUUUGGACUUUGAGAAAUUAUAAAAUUAACUACAACAGCAAACCUCCACCAAGGCCCAACAGUUGCCUUAUGAAACCACAUGUAAAUUCACAAGAUUCAUAUUUAGAUUUGUACUAACUUCCCCCACACUCAUAAAUAUCAGUCCCCUAAACAAUUACCUUUUCCCCAUCAAAAUCCAUGAAUUAUGUUCUGUGAAGGAAAUUGAAGAAACACUUUAAUGUGUUGUUUCCUGACCCAAACUUCAUCCUUCCAAGUAGCUAACAAUCUGACAAGAGAUACACAACAUCCUUGGCUGAGGUAACAAGAUGAGUACAUCCCACACAUUUUAGUUUCAGCUACAGAAGGUGGUCACAAUAAUAGGAACACCUCCUGUAGUUUUAGGUUAUAUUUCAAAGAGGUGCUGGUUGAAGCUGUAGAUACUAUAAUGGUAUUGUGAGGUAUUUGUGUUAUUUUGUCCACCCUCUGUACUUUUUGUGAGGAUUGUGAUCUUAAGUCUGCUCGUUAUGAUCGUUAGUGAUCUAUUCAUGUGAACUUUUUAUAAAUAAUUUUCUACUUUUUUGUUAUUCUGGUGAAAAUAAAAUAAAAUUCUCGGCGA